AUGAUAAGCUCUUCUACUUAGCCAGUCAGGUAGCCUCAAAACGAGAUCUUUGACAGCUUCUACGAGUUAUUUAUCUAUGAGUCUAUUGAGCAGAUCAUUCAAAAGCAUAAAAACAAGGAGGCUUCUUAAAUCAGCUCAAAUGCUCCUGGCCAGCAGUCACAGUAGCAAGCAUCAACAGUCUAGCAAGACAUAUAUCAUGAAAUCGAUAUGAUAGCACGUACUCUGGGGAGAAAGAUCAUUGACCUGCUGAUUAGAGACAUUCAGUAUAAGUUCCAGACUCAGCUAGAUACCAUGAAGUUUAUCUGCACAGAGUUUUGGAAGUUCACUUUCUCAAAGCAGGUCGACAACCUCAGAACUAAUAACACUGGCACUUAUAUAUUCACAGACGAAGCGUUUAAGUUUACUGGCAGGGUAAGCAACAAUGAUCACGAGUCUAAAGAGUAUAAACAGAAAAUCAAGUGCUAUGAAAGUUUUGUAGUAGGAUUGAUAAUUGGUGCAUUGAUGAACAUAGGCUACGAUAAGGUGCCCAUUGUGAAUACACAAAUAGCUGGAACGAAACUAGUGCUAACUGUUAAUGUUCCUCUGCCGAAUUUAAGUUGA